ACCAUUAUAUGGAAUAGCGAAAUAACAGGCAUGAAUUUUUUAUAAUUGAUAUUAACACACUAUGUGGUUUAUGAUUUCCCACCAUCUUAAGUUUUAUCGAAUUACUAAAAUUUUGCUGAUGUUUGUCUUAGUAUAUUCAUUUUCAAAUCAGAAAUAACUAAAAAAUGUAUUAUUAUUGAACAUAAAAUAUUUCCAAUUCUAUUCGUAAAUGUCUGUCAACUAUGUUUCAAUCGAAAUAUGUCAUAACUACAAAUAUUAUAUCAUUCAUGGUGUUUAGAACGAACUAUGAACUUAGAAGCUUAACUUAAACAAGGCUAAUUUAUAAAUUUACAAUAUUUCAAAUAUUAUGUUUGCACCUCUGAAUUCUAACUUGGAAGAUACGGAUAUUUGUAGAGUAUAUAUAUAUAUAUUUAUCGAAGUCUUAAAAAGAAACAAAAGAAGUUGAAAUCUUUGCACGGUAUUAAUGAAAAUAACGUAGAAGCAAAGAAUAAAAUAUCCUUGCGCAUGUUUGAAAAUCACGCCGGCGCAGUGAACGGAGUACUCGAGUUCGUUCGGAUUGGCUGAACGGUUCAGUAGACUUGUGGACAACGUCUCACCCCUUUUAGUAUAGCCGAGUGCAUCCGGCGCGAUGUUGUUGUGUGGUGUUUUGUGUACUGCAUUGUCAGUUUCCUUCGGUGCGAUCGUACAAAUUCUAAUAUUUCUUCUGCAAAACUCGAACAUCUCGAAAGUGCAAGCUUCCCUUCCACCGGGAGCUGAGGAUGAAAUUAUUCUGAUCGAGCAUCUGCCAGGACGUCGAGUACAUCUGCAAGACUUCUUUUGGUCAGAUGCCAAGGAUGCCCCACCAUGGGUAGACGCUAAUCAAGGGCUGACGUUUUACGAAACCAGAACAGUUCAUCAUACCGUAACAUUGUACUCGCCGGCAGAAGACAAAGAUAAUCACAAACCAUUUCCCGAUCACGCUGAACCUAACGAACCAAGAUGUACUACUUGCAUCGAACCAACGCCUAGAUUGGACGACGACACGGACCAAAAUAUCGGUGUCCUUAUCGGAGAAGAUCCUGGUCCAAGAUACUGGUUGCUAACAGUUCUUCGGGCAGGUGAAGCCAUACCGCCAAAAAUCGAAUUGAAACUAGCCCGAUUGUAUAAGACUGCGUUUUCGAGGCAGCAGCAUCGUCAUCUUGGACUUUCACAGACGAACACACGAUUUCGAAGAAUUACAAGAGGGCACGCGCUUCUUAGAAACAAGCCAGAGAUCGCCGGUCAGGGAGAAAUACCGCGAAACUCCACGAUCUCAUCGCCUAAACUAAGGAUUCCAGGGAAUUCGGAGUCUCGGAUCUCUACGAUGCCAAACCAAAUAAAACUACUUCAAGUAUCCAGCUUCAAAAAUACUCUUGUCCCAACGACGACAAGCGUUAACGAUGUUGGGAAUCGCAAUGAGCAAAUUGAAAUGGACGAUUUUCAAUUAAAAAUCACAAAAUCGAGCCUCGUCGAAGAGAAAGUAUCGUACGAUAAAGAUCUAUCUGCAACCACGUCGUUAGACUUUAAUGAAAACACGACAGAAUAUCCUGGUCAACGAUCGUUGCAGUACGAUCUAUCUUUUAAUUCGUCUUCUGAUCUUUUGAACGAUCUUCGCGAUCGUACGAACAAUCGUGCUACGUCAAGGGAAGAAAUAUCAAACGAUGGCGGUUCAGACAGCACAAAUACAAGCAAAUAUUCCGAGUUACGUUCAUUGGAUCGUUCUGGCGACGAGGCUGUCCAAGUUAGAAUGCAAAAUACAAGUGUAACGGACAGUGGGGCUACGAAGUUGAUUUAUUCGGUUCACCUAGGAGGGAAACCUGUACCCGCAGAAACAGCUGCCAGGGAUAUGGCUCUUUUGUCACCUCAAGAGGUUGCAUUGGAACUUGGCGCGCCAGUUCUUAUUCAAAGCGAACCGUACUUGAAAGAAACACGACCAUUGGCUCUUUCGAGGAAAAGGGAUGCAUGGCUAUUAAUCGGUGCAGCAAGCGCUGGUUUUAUUCUGUUAGCAUUCGUUGUCACGGGAUUAGUUCUCGCAGCAAAAAGGAAACGAGCACACAGCGCUGUAGCUGCACCACCGAGUCAUCAUGUUUUAAGAAAGAAACAAGAAUAUAUACAAGCAGCUGCUGGUCUUGAUAAUAAUGCUUGUUCGACAUCCGAAAUGGAAAUUAAGACUGACGGUACCAGUCAGAGACAGACUCCUGGAAGUUUAUCGAGGACUCCGGUGUCUCUCGAAACCCCCGACAGUCUCGAGGCAGGAAUUCAUCAAGUUUCGAGCGACAACGACGAAGAACAGAAAAGUAAAACGCUAGAACCGAGACCGUGGGAAUACUCCUCGAAAAGAACCAGAAUGGCACAUGGAAGAAUGUCACGAACAAACGCUGUCGACACGCCUCGAACAUCCGAUUCAAUGGAUGUCAUUGUCGAUCAUCUAGAAACAUUAGAUUCUUUGGAAAAAGAUUACACGAGGCAAGAAGAAGCCACUGCUUCACCGCAUUCUUACCUUUCUAUGCCAUCUUGUAAGCCAUUCCCCAGCAUGAAAAGUGUUGAACCACUUUCUAGAGUACUCGAACCAGUUAUGGUCAAACAUCUAGACAUAGACUCUCCAGAACUGGUAAGGCGAGAAAACGAUCGUUUGGGUCUUUAUACGGGUGAUGGUGUGAAUGAUAAAUUUUUUGCACGAACUUCGAGUGCUGUCAAAGACCCUGGAGUUAUAGGACCAAUAGUAUGGAAUCUUCGGCGGCAAAACUUGUCUGCAGAAGACAAUGGUACAUCCGGAACAGAUGUUGAUCCAACUUAUGCAAUGCCAUCCGGUCCUGUGGGGAAAGCAAGGAGAAGACUUCACGAACUCCUGGAAGAUUCUUUCAGUCUCUUUGGAAGUAGAGAUGCAAAAUCGGAAGCACAAUUAUGCGCCACAAGACCAACUUCAGCAGCACGUGCACCGGAUAUUCUCACGAUAUUUUCCGAAACUAAAGGAAGAAUCACUCAUGCUAGUCCUAUAUCUUCACCAUUAGCGGAAAUGCAGGUUCGACCUCGUACGUCGUUACCGGUGAAAUCCAACGACGGUGAUAUUGCAGAAAAUGGACAUUUCCAACCACCGCGAUCUCGCAGUGGUUGGGGUUCCAGACCACUAAGUGCUGGUCCCUUUCAUAGGCCUAACUUGCCAGAUGUUGAUACGAGGCGUAUACUUGUCGACAGCCAACUUCCACCAGAAGAUCCAGCAGUACCGUUAAUAGCUUCGAUUAAAAGAGAACUCGAAAAGUUUUCUCCGCAAUAAAAUAAAUAAUCGAAGGGGUAACGACAUUAAGCAAUAACAAGUAUUAAAAACUAAAGUACAAUUGAGUUAAUUCGAAGAUUGACGAACGUGCAAACUCCAAUUAUACUUCCUUCACUGAUUCUACAGAGAUUGAUAUUAUUGAGGAUAUUCUAAUGAAGAAUUAAUAGAAAGAUUUUCCUGAGACUGUUAUUUAUAAGUGCAAUCAACUACUGCUGAUUGACAAUUGCUAGUACAACAUUAAUUUCCAGCAGUUUCAAUCUCUAAGAAAUUAAUAUUACAGCGGCUCUGUUGAGCUGACUAACCGAGUUAACAAUUACCAAAGAAAAAACGAUAUUUAUAAGAUGGAUAAAAGACAUGAAAAUCAGUAUUUGAAAUUACAUUUAUAACAAUUGUAAAUAUUCAACAAAUUUUUAUACGUACGUAUUCAUUGAAUUCAUUCACAUCAAUUCAUUCAUGCAAGUAAUAUUUUCUUGAAAGACUGGCGAAAGUAAAAAAUUAUUAUAAAAUAUCUAUUUACACAUUGUACACAUAUUGAUGCUAUUAUAGUUAUUAUCAAUUUAUCGUUAACGAAAUGAAAUGCUGCUGUUUUCAUGAAGAUAAUUAGAAAGGAAAUGACUUUUUAAAAUAGUUUUUUUAAUAUAUUUUUGUUAUAUUUUUGUUUGUACAGAUAGCAAGGUUAAAAGAACCAAAAAGACACUGUUACGAUAUUCACUAUCAAAUUAUUUAUUUUUUAACUAAUACGCUUAUUGUAUUUUUCGUUUCCCAUUGUAUAUAUCACGAAUUACUGUAAGUUAGCUAAUUUUAAUGCAUGAUCAUUUGACAUAAAGCGACCAUUUCUUACUAAAAACUUUAGAAUUUUUUAAUUUUAAGAAAGUACGACUUUAUAAUUAAUUCCAUCCAGUAUAAAGAUAUUUUUAAUCCAAGUAUACUCUAAUAAUGUAUCAGAAAACAAAUAAAUUAUUGAUAUUUUUAA